CCUCGCUACCCCUGCGGAUCAUAUGCUUUGCACAUCCAAAGUAAUGCUUUUUGGAGUUCAUCCAGCUAUGGCACCGAGCAUACUUGUACUGCUUGUGCCGGCAGAGCCUUCACAUCGAAAGCCAAGCUUCUCUACGGUACAUUAGACUCUCAAGUCUAGACGCUAUUCUCACGCUAAACUACCACCAAGUUCGAGAUACCCCUUUACAGUCCUCCUAGCACCGUAGUUCGUCAAAAUGUCACUCCAGACACCCCUCUGCUCGUUGCUGAAAAUCCAGCAUCCAGUCCUGCUGGCAGGAAUGGCUCGUGCAUCCGGAGCACCUCUCGCCGCCGCCGUCUCCAACGCAGGAGGUCUAGGAACUGUGGGCGGAUUGGGAUAUACCCCUGAGCAACUUUCCGAGAUCUUGGCCGAGCUGAAGUCACUUUUGAAAGACCCGUCGUUGCCAUUUGGCGUUGAUCUGGCCUUGCCGCAGGUCGGUGGCAGAGCACGGGCCACCAACCAUGACUACACCCACGGCAAGCUGGACGAACUCAUUGACGUCGUCAUUUCCCACGGUGUUAAGCUGUUUGUUUGCGCGGUCGGUGUGCCACCGGAGCAGGUUAUCAAGCGACUCCAUGACGCAGGUAUCCUCAUCAUGAACAUGGUCGGAGCGCCCAAGCACGCCGAGAAGGCAUUCAAGCUGGGUGUGGACAUCGUCUGUGCGCAGGGAGGUGAGGGAGGCGGCCACACCGGUGAUAUUCCGUUCUCGGUGCUCGUCCCUGCGAUUGUGGACGUGGCGAAAAAGUACACGAGCCCGCUUACGGGCCAGCCCGCCUUGGUAGUUGCUGCUGGGGGUAUCAACGACGGUCGUAGCUUGGCCGCGUCAUUGAUGCUGGGCGCUGCAGGCGUCUGGGUUGGCACCCGGUUCGUUGCUUCGGACGAAAGCGGCGCAAGUCGUUUGCACAAGGAAGCCGUUGUUGGAGCGCAAUAUGGAGAGACGGAACGGACGCUCGUCAUCUCUGGAAGGCCGCUACGCAUGCUUCCUAACGAUUAUAUCAGAGAGUGGAACAAACGCCCCGAGGAAAUUGCCAGGUUGACGUCGCAAGGCAUCGUUCCAAUUGAGCAUGAUUUCAAGAACGAUAGGGAUGUCGACGUUCCAUUCAUCAUGGGCGACGUCUCUGCCGGCAUUAAAGAAAUCAAACCCGCCGGUGUGAUUGUCCGGGAGAUGGUUCAGCAGGCUGUGGAUAUGCUGAAAACAGGAGGGUCUUAUAUAAACGGUCCGACGAGUAGACUUUGAUCGAGCUGUCGACCUUGUCUCAAUUCGCACAAGCCCUUGACAUAUAUGACAUGAAUUGUAUUGCGG